AUGAGUCAAGGAGGAAAGACACCAUCUUUGGGUGGAACCAACAAGUUGCUCAUUCCUAGUUAUAUUCAAAGAAAGGGACAAAUGGGAAAGAGUGAUGUUGAUGAUAAAUUGGAAAAAAUCAUCCAUGCUAUUGAUCAAAUCUAUCAAGAAAAUCAAUCCCAAUUAUCUUUCCAAGUUCUUUAUACAUCGGGCUACCAAAUCGUUCUUCACAAAAACGGAGACUCAUUAUAUGAUGCUGUCAAGAACAAGCUCAGCGAAUACAUUCAAGGUGUUAGAGAAAAGACUAUGGAAUUCACUGAUGAUGGAUUCUUGAAGGAACUUUUAAAACAAUGGGAAAAGCACAGAACAUCCGUAAGCAUGGUCAGAGAUAUUCUCAUGUAUAUGGAUCGUAACUAUGUUAAACAAUUUAAAAAGACACCAGUUUAUGAACUUGGUAUCAAACUUUUUGGUACUGAAGUUUUCCACAAAUCUACUUUGGAAAGAAUUCAAAGACUUAUCAUGGAUAUUAUCCUCAAGGACAGAUGUGGUGAAGUUGUUGCCGAUCGUUUCUUAAUGAAGAGUCUUACACAAAUGAUGAUUGAAAUUUCCAAGAAGGAUAUCUAUGAAACUCACUUUGAAAAGAAGCUUUUAGAUGAAACUAGACAAUUCUAUACCAAGGAAUCCAAUGAAUAUUUCGAAUCUUCUACUGCUACUGAUUAUCUUAAGAAGGUUACUCUUCGUUUGAAGGAAGAAAGAGAAAGAGUUGACAGAUGUAUGGACCCUGAUACUAAACCAAAAAUUGAAGCUGUUCUCAAGAAUGUAAUGAUUGAUAAGUAUAAGCAUAGAAUUAUUGAAAAGGAAGGAUCGGGAUGUAUUGCCAUGCUUCAAACUUGGAAGGUUGAUGAUUUACGUCUUGUAUUCGAUGUCUUGUCACUUGUUGAAGGUGCUUUGGAUCCAUGUGUUGAUUUGGUUGAAAACUUUUGUAGAAGUGAAGGUUAUCAAAUUGUUAAAGAUAAGAAUAAGGAAGAAAAUCCAGUCGAUUUUAUUGCUGACUUGAUUGUUUUGAAAGAAAAGUAUGAAGGUUUGCUUGAUCGUGCCUUCUCUGUCAAGAAGGGUAAACAAUCUGCCAGAGAUUCUAAAUUCCAAGCUUGUGUUAAGAAAGCUUUUGAUGAUACUAUUAAUGCCAAUGAAAGAUUCCCUGAAUUCUUGUCACUCUAUGUUGACAGCAAGUUGAAGAAGGGUAAGACCCAAGUUAGUGAAUCUGAAUUUGAUGUUCUCUUUGAACAAGUUAUUACUCUCUUUAGACAUUUGCGUGAAAAGGAUAUUUUCGAAAAGUAUUACAAGACUCACUUGGCUAAGAGAUUGCUCAAUCAACGUUCACAAUCUGAUGAUGCUGAAAAGGCCUUUAUCGGUAAAUUGAAACAAGAAUUUGGUUAUCAAUUUACUGCCAAACUUGAAGGCAUGUUUAACGAUAUGAGACUUUCCAGAGAAACUAAUGAAUCUUUCAAGUCUUAUAUUGAUAGAUUUCCAAACAAGAAACCAGCUAUUGAUUUGUCUGUUCAAGUUUUGACAACUGGUUACUGGCCUGUUACUCAAUCUAUUGCAAUUACAGUUCCAGAAACUAUUGACAAGUCUGCAAAUAUUUUCAAGGAAUUCUAUAUUGAUUCUCACAAUGGUAGAAAGCUUACAUGGCAAUACAAUAUGGGUAGUGCUGAUAUCAAGGCUAAUGGUUAUGAUAAGAAGUAUGAAAUUAACGUUUCCACCUUCCAAAUGGUUGUCUUGUUGUUGUUCAAUGAAAAGGAAACUAUUUCAUAUGGUGAUAUUUUGCAAACUACCAAGAUUCCAAUGAAUGAAUUGAAGAAGAACUUGCUUGCUUUGACUGUCAAGACCGCUACUCACCAAAAGUUAUUGACUUCUAGCACUGAUAAGACUUUGACUAAGGAAUCUGUUUUUACUGUAAAUAAUGAAUUUGAAAGUAAGCUUAUCAAGGUUAAGAUUGCACCAAUCGUUUUGAAGGAAACUAAGGAACAACAAGAAGAAACUAAACAAAAGAUUGAUGAAGAAAGAAAAUGGCUUUUGGAUGCCACAAUUGUUCGUAUCAUGAAGGCAAGAAAGACCUUGGAACACAGAGACUUGGUCAUUGAAGUUACUAAACAAUUGCAACAAAGAUUUAUGCCAUCUCCUGACAUGAUUAAGAAGCGUAUUGAAAGUUUGAUUGAAAGAGAAUAUUUAGAACGUUCACAAGAGAGUCGUUCCAAGUACAACUAUGUAGCAUAAGUUAAAUUACUUAUAAUAUUAAAAUCAUAAUUUAUUUUUGU